GAAUCAGAGAGGGGGGAGAGCAAAGAGAAGGUCGUCUGUGAACGAGGGGAGGUGUUAUUUCUCCCUGCGUGUUCUCUCAUUUGAAGUUGUGCAAGAGUUAGUCUUUUUUUCUCUCAGUACUGCCUUUUUCUGAACGUGCGUCUCUCUGUCGAGCAGCGAGGGAUUUCUGUUGUGGGAACUGCUGCAGGAAGGAAAGUGCAGCUGGGAAUUUCUGCCCGGCUAGAUAUCGCAGGCUACAGGUCUGUGGCGAAAAAAGGCACGAAAGAGAAAGAUGGCAGAAGAGCAAAGCAGAUGAAAGUUUUGAAGCAGGGAUCAGAUGAAAGCAUGGAGGGGGGGGGGAGGAGAUUUGUCGCGAUGAAGGAGCAGUGAAAGUGGACGAGACUGGAAGAUGACAAGGGGACGGGAAUCUUGUUUCCACGCCUGCAAGUCACACACACUCUUACACCUUUGAAUCUACACAUGCCCACUCACAGUCCACCAUCGGCUCAGCCUGACACACAAACACACACUUUGAAUGAACACUGGACUUGGACCCGCACACACACACAUUGCAUCAGAUACGCCAGCUGGACGUGGUUUCAUUCAGUCUCCACCUCUUCCUGCUGCCAAGGGCUUCGGAGUGUGCGUUUAAUACACCCUCAUUGCACUCUUAAUCUACUAACCUGCCAUUGGAUGUUUGUGUACACACCUGCACAUACACACCCACAGAGGACUCACCCUCUCUUCUCUCACACACACUCUCAGAGCAGCAGGUCGCUGGAAACAGACGAACUGUCAGCUGCAAACGCACACUCAGUUGCUGCCAAGGGAGGAGGAGGGAGGAGGGAGGAGGGAGGAGGAGGAAAAGAAGAAGUGAAGCUGGAAGCAACAGACAGAAACACACAGAGAGAGUUGGACCAACCUCUGAGUGUUUCUCUCUCUGCCUGGCUGACUGUGUGGGAGAUUACAAGUGAUGCCUCGCACUCUGAGGAGCAACACAUAAUCAGGACUUUUCUUAGCUUCCUAUAUAUUUGAAACUCUCUGCUUCAAUGAUGAGGAGGGACCGUCUCCUCUUAGCCGCGACCCUCACUGCCAUCUUCUCCGCUGACCUUUACUUUGUCCUCCUGCCAAAGCUAAGGAGCGUGGGUCUGGGGUCCGGAGACUUUUGCCCAUGCGGUCCGGACAACUUCACCCUUCCCAGGCACGGAGGUCUCGCCACCCCACAGCUCUCUAACUGGAGUCUGUAUGGAACCACAUCCGAAGCCGCUGAUGAUGGGGGGUCGAAACUGGAGAGGCUCUUCUCCCACCCUCUGUACAACAUCGAGACCCCGGUGCUGGGCUCGGAGGAGAGGCUGCUGCAGGCGGAGCAGCUGAUGGAUUACUACAGGAGGAAGGUGGCACGCUGGGAAAGACAUAUGCAUCUCUACAGCGAGGCAGCGGCUUUGUCAAACACCACAGUGACUGAACAUGAAGUGACCUUUGACCCUGAAGCCAGCUGGCUGAAGUUCCACUCAGGAAUAAACAGCUACGCUCUGUACUCCCGCAACGACCCCGCUAUCCCCAAACUGCUCAAAGACAUGCAGAAGAUGUCGGUCAUUAACGCAGAUUACACUCAAGAUGAGAAGGCCCUAAAAGGAGCGUGUGAUUGCACCCAAGUUGUGAAGCCCAGCGGACAUCACCUGAAACUGGCUCUGAAGAUGCAAAACUUUGGAAAAGCCAUGUUCAAACCAAUGAGGCAGCAGAGGGACGAGGAGACUCCUGAAGACUUCUUCUACUUUGUUGAUCUCCAGAGACACAACGCAGAGAUCGCUGCCUUUCACCUGGACAGGAUCCUGGACUUCCGGAGGGUCCCGCCGGUGGCUGGCAGGCUGGUGAACGUCUCAGGAGAAGUUCUGCUAGUUACUCACAACGAAGACCUGCGAGCUGUGUUCUUCACUUCACCUGCCAACAACACAUGUUUCUUUGCCAAGUGCCUGUACGUGUGUAAGACAGAGUACGCAGUGUGUGGAGGACCAGACGUGCUGGAGGGGUCCCUGUCGGCGUACCUGCCCAGCCUCAGCAUCGCGCCCCGCAUCUCCAUCCCCAACCCCUGGACGCGCUCCUACACCUUCAGCGGGCGAGAAGAGUAAGAAGUGAAUCAUUUAUACUGUG